GGUUGAUCGUGAAGAUUUUCUUUAAAAAAAUGUAAAAAAAAAACAUUGAUGAUUGUGUGAUGCCUAAAUGGAGGAAUUUUUAAAUUAAGUAUAAAUAAUAUUUUUCAACUUAUGUUGGAAAAACAUAAGAUCUUGAUAUAAUGUAAAUUAAUGAAUAUAUGGAUUCGAUAUGUUUGUAAAAGACCCCUGUGGAAUUAUUUGUAUAAUUGUCACAUACCUAGCAGUACUUUACGCGGAUUAUGUGAUAAUAAAAUGGGUAAUUUUGCAAACAAUGCGAAAUAGUUUAUGGGGUCCGUUACACGUUCUAGUUUUCAAUACUGUUAUAUUUUUACUUUCAUUUGCUCAUUUACGGGCAGUUUUAUCGGACCCCGGAACUGUUCCAUUACCACAGUCACGAUUAGACUUCUCAGAUAUUCAUUCCGGCGAAUUAGGCAAAGAAGAUUGGACAGUGUGUACUAGAUGUGAAACAUAUAGGCCACCACGAGCCCAUCAUUGUAGAAUAUGUAAUCGAUGCGUAAAACGUAUGGAUCAUCAUUGUCCAUGGAUAAAUAAUUGUGUUGGUGAACGUAAUCAAAAAUUUUUCUUACAAUUCCUAAUAUACGUGGGGAUACUUGCAAUAUAUUCUAUUACCCUAGUAGCUUUAUCUUGGAUUCGUGAGUGUCCUGGAUGCGAUGAGGAAAUUAAUAUAAAGCAAGCUAGAGUUCUCCAUUCGGUGGUUUUAUUAUUGGAGAGUGCAUUAUUUGGAAUGUUUGUGUCAGCAAUACUUGUUGAUCAAAUGCAAGCCAUUUUGGGUGAUGAAACUGCUGUAGAACAAGUACAACAUCAAGGACCAUAUCGUAAACAUAGGCCUCGUUUAGCUCUAUUGAGUGAAGUUUGUGGUCGUACUCAUCCCUUUUGGUGGCUGUUGCCAUUUUCAAAUUCCAAUAUUAAAUUAGAUACUCCACUUCUAAGUCAUGACGUAUAAUUAUUUAUUUUAAAGUUAUCUUUUUUAAAACAAAUUAUAUUUGGGCUUUUAAAACAAUUGAUAUUUUAGUAUUAAAUUAUC